GAGAGAGAGAAGAGGAGAGGGAGAGAGAGGAAAAAAAGCGCCUGAAUCCAUCUCUCUCCUCCCUGUGACGUCGCUGGGUCUGGUCCCGGGGUGCGCUGCUCUUUGGUCCCGUCUCAGCAGAAACCACUUUAGUUGUUGCCUCGUCCAUCCACACAAACCUGCGGUGCGGUGCGGUGCGGUGCUGCGCGGUGCUUUGCGGGUACCCGGUGUCCUUCUACUCCACGCUGCCUGUCUUGUCCCACAUAUCAGUGAACUGUUUCCACACUCUGCCUGAAGAAGGAAGGAGAGAGAGCCCGAGUCGCUGAGUAAGAAGGAGAGGGUAGAAAGGAGAAGGAGAGAGACAGGCAGAGAGAGAGGGAGAGAAAGACAGAGAAAGAAAGAAAGAGGAGGAGAGAAGAGGAAAGAGGUCGCCGUACUCCCCUCUCUUUCCCCGGGCUGAAUCUCCGCCGAGAAGAUGCUGAGAAUAGCCGGCGUGCUGGCUGUAGUGGCUCUGGGGUUGAGCGCCGCUCACACCAAAGUGAAUAAACACAAGCCGUGGAUUGAGACAUCAUACCAUGGGGUGAUCACUGAAAACACUGACAUCGUUCUGCUGGAUCCUCCGCUGGUGGCCCUGGACAAAGACGCCCCCAUCCCCUACGCAGGGGAGAUCUGUGCGUUCAACAUCCACGGGCUGGAGGCUCCGUUCAAAGCAGUGGUGCUGAACGGUACGUCUGGCGAGGGCCAGCUGAGGGCCCGCGGCCUGGUGGACUGCGAGUUGCAGAAGGAAUACACCUUCAUCAUCCAGGCUCACGACUGCGGCUCGGGCCCCGGGGGUACGGAGGGCAAAAAGUCCCACAAGGCGGUGGUGCAUAUCCAGGUCAACGAUGUGAAUGAGUUUGCUCCUGUGUUUCGGGAGCCCCAGUACCACGCCGCAGUGACUGAGGGCAAGAUUUACGACAGCAUCCUGCAGGUGGAGGCCACUGACCAGGACUGCUCCCCACAGUACAGUCAGAUCUGUAACUACCAGAUCACCACGACCACCACACCCUUUGCUAUAGAUCGCAAUGGAAACAUUCGCAACACAGAGAAGCUGAGCUACGACCGGCAGCAGCAGUUCGAGAUCCAGGUGACGGCCUGGGACUGCGGCCAGAAGAGGGCGCUGCACAGCGUCCCUGUUCGCAUCGACGUCAAACCUGUCUGCAAACCUGGCUGGCAAGGUUGGAAUAAGCGAGUGGACUAUGAGCCCGGAACGGGGAGUAAGCAGCUGUUUCCCAAGAUGCACCUGGAGACCUGUGGCGGGCCACUGUCGUCUGUGAGAACCACGGUGGAGCUGCAGACGAGCCACAUCGGCAAGGGCUGCGACCGAGAAACCUACUCUGAGAAAUCUCUACAGAAACUCUGUGGGGCUUCCUCGGGCAGCACUGACCUUCUCCCUGCCCCCAGCGCCGCCACCAACUGGACGGCUUCCCUGGUGACCGACAGCGGGAGGGACAGCGACUUGAUCUUCAGGUUUGAUGGUCGUCAGGCGGCGAAAAUCCCAGACUGGGUGGUUCCGCAGAAUCUGACCGACCAGUUCACCAUAGCAACGUGGAUGAAGCACGGGCCCAGUCCCGGACUCAGAGCUGAGAAGGAGACACUGCUCUGUAACUCCGACAAGACCGAGAUGAACCGUCAUCACUACUCGCUGUAUGUCCAUAAUUGCCGCCUGGUGUUUCUGCUGAGGAGAGACUUCACACAGGUGGACACGUUCAGACCGGCAGAGUUCCACUGGAAACUGGAGCAGAUCUGUGACAAGGAGUGGCAUUACUACGUCAUCAAUGUGGAGUUCCCGGUGGUGACGCUCUACGUGGAUGGAGUGACCUACGACCCCUACCUGGUGACAGACGACUGGCCCAUCCACCCCUCACAGAUUGACGUGCAGCUGACAGUCGGGGCCUGCUGGCAGGGUGGGGAGGUGACCAAGCCACGGUUCACGCAGUAUUUCCGGGGCAGCUUAUCCGGACUGACCAUCCGACCAGGGAAGAUCGAGAGUCAGAAAGUCAUUUCCUGUCUGCAGGCCUGCAAAGAGGGACUGGACAUCAACUCCCUUGAAAGCCUGGAUAAGAACAUAAAGUUCCACUUUAACCCAGCCCAGUCCAUCCUGGUAAUGGAGGGAGAGGACUUGGAGAACAUGAAUGCUGCUGUGAGGAAAGUUUCAUACAUCAACUCUCGCCAGUUCCCCACACCGGGCAUCCGACGUCUGCGCAUCUCCACUACUGUCCAGUGUUUUGGUGAAGACACUUGUAUCACCAUCCCCGACAUCGAUGCAGUGGUGAUGGUGCUGCAGCCCAGCGAGCCCAGGAUCACCAUCACUGGGGUGGAGAGACUGAGCCGGCCGGCGUCCGACCUCAGAGCAGCAGGCGGCAUAGCUCUAUUCCAGGACCUCCACAUCAUCAGCACAGUGACCAGGGCAGAUGCCACGGCACAUCACACAGCACGUCGGCCCGGGGUACUGGAGGAGAUCAUUCAUAACUUGGACUAC